CAAACCAGACUCAAACAGGAAAGAGGCAAUACAUUAUAAAGCCUAUCCGCUAGGCUAACAUACAAAACACGUGUGUACAGUGCACUAGACUACCCAAUGUCAUGCGCAAUCUUAUGCCCGAAAACCUUGAAACGUCUAGACACCCGUAUGUGACGGAGUCGUCUCCUAGAGAUGGCAGAAGAGACUCGUGAUCCCGCUCUCGUAGCCAGCCUAGACUGGAGCUGCAACCAAGUCGCUGAUUGGAUAGCAUCCCUUGGCUUUGAGCAGUACAAGGAAUGCUUCCGAUCAAACAUGAUAAACGGAAGGAAACUAAUCCGAGUAGACGCAUCGACGCUACCCAACAUGGGAGUCACAGAUUUCGAUCACGUGACGGCUAUCAGUCGGAGCAUAAGAAAACUGCUCGACGUCGAAGACCCGGAUUGGUCUCGAAGCAUCACACUGCCUCAUCGAGAUUCUCUCGGCAUGUUCCUAGAGGGGAAAAGUCAUACAGGAGUGACGUCGGACAAGCUAGAGUUUGAAGAACAAGAACCAAAUCCCGCAGCGAAGACUGGGUAUUUACGACUAGCUGCGAUAACAUUAAACAAUCAUUAGACAAUUGGUGACUGCCAGAUAGCUAUCACGUGCCUUUUAAUUCAGUCGAUACCAUCGUUUAUCAAUUCUCUAUUUCUUCAGUCGUUUACAGAGCAGCAGGAGUACAGUACAGUGCGACGGACACUCCACACAGACACACGGUGUGGUCUGUAUGCGUGCACGAUGUGCAUGUAACACACCACUACCCUAAUGGAUGUACAGUACAGUACAAGUGACAGGAUAAGUGCGACGACGUACAUAGCUGUAGAUGACACUCUACUAGGCAUGCAAGGUUGACGCAUCUUUGCACAAAAGAAGACCAAUCUUGUUACAAGGCA